AUGGCGGAAUUGUCUAGCCUGGAAUCGAGGCUAGCAGUUGAGCAACUGGUAUCACUGUUGGGCAAUCAACCUGAAGAGGUCCUGGUGAAUGUGGUGGGUGCUCUGGGAGAGUGUGCUUCUCGAUAUGCUGACAGUAGAGUGGUCAUACGCAAGGUUGGUGGGGUAGCCCCUCUCGUUCAGCUACUCACAGGCACUAAUCAACCACUCCUCAUCAACACCACCAAUGCUGUGGGUGCUUGUGCACUGGACCAGGAGAGCAUGGCUGUGAUUGACAAACAAGAUGGAGUACGGUUGCUGUGGUCUCUACUAAAAUCACCCAAUGAUGAUGUCCAAGCGUGUGCUGCAUGGGCUAUUUGUCCAUGUAUUGAGAAUGCCAAGGAUGCUGGUGAAUUGGUACGAUCAUUUGUGGGAGGAUUGGAGCUCAUAGUAGGGCUGUUGAAGUCCCCUGACCACGAGGCCCUGGCUAGUGUGUGUGCAGCCAUUGCUAAGAUUGCCAAGAAUGAGGAGAACCUAGGAGUCAUCACUGACCACGGUGUGGUACCACUACUGGCCAAACUGACCCAUACAACAGAUGACCACCUCCGACGUCACCUUGCUGAUGCCAUGGCCAGGUGCUGUACAUGGCGUAACAAUCGUGUUGCAUUUGGAGAGGCGGAGGCAGUAGCUCCACUUGUCUCCUAUCUCAAGUCACCUGACCUGGAUGUCCAUCGCUCCACUGCCUGUGCUCUACACCAGCUCUCAAAGGAUCCUGAUAACUGUAUCACUAUGCACGAAGCUGCUGUAGUUAAGUGUCUGCUCCCUAUGGUGGGUUCCACUGACUUUGUUCUGCAAGAAGCUGCCGCUGGUUGUAUCAGUAACAUACGUCAUCUGGCCCUCGCCAAUGAGAAAGAAAAGUUCAUGUGAACUCUAUAACUUGUGAAACUAUAUAAACUGACCAAAUAUAAUUCUGAU